UCCUGCCCCGCCCGUCCCGCCUGCCCGCCUGUCGGUCCCCGAGGCGGCGGCGGCUGCCCAGUGACAGCGGCGGCGGCGCCAGGCCAGCCGUAGUAGCGUAGGGUCGUGCGGCCUGGAGACGCACACCCGGCAGAAGGGCGGCGCGAGGAAGGCCGGAGCCGGGUCGCGCGGGAGGAGACCUUGCGGGCACCAGGCGAGAGGCCGGCGUGAGGGAGCGCGGAGCUAGUGGCCGCCGGCGGCCCGGACCCGCCUGUCCUCGCGGCCGCCGCCGGCAUGAGCCACAUCCAGAUCCCGCCGGGGCUCACGGAGCUGCUGCAGGGCUACACGGUGGAGGUGCUGCGGCAGCAGCCGCCCGACCUCGUCGACUUCGCGGUGGACUACUUCACCCGCCUGCGCGAGGCCCGCUUGCAAGCCGCCAGCCCGCCCGCUGCCCCUCCUUCCGGCUCCCAGGCUCUAGAGCCCGGCCCUGGCCUGGUCACCGACGCGAAGGCGGAGAGCGAGUCGGAGGACGACGAGGACUUGGAUGUCCCAAUUCCUGGCAGAUUUGAUCGGCGAGUAUCAGUCUGUGCUGAGACCUAUAACCCUGAUGAGGAAGAGGAAGAUACUGAUCCAAGGGUGAUUCAUCCUAAAACUGAUCAACAGAGAUGCAGACUUCAGGAAGCUUGCAAAGAUAUUCUCCUUUUCAAAAAUCUUGAUCAGGAACAACUUUCUCAAGUCCUUGAUGCCAUGUUUGAAAGGACAGUCAAAGUUGAUGAGCAUGUCAUUGACCAAGGAGAUGAUGGAGACAACUUUUAUGUCAUAGAACGGGGAACCUAUGAUAUUUUAGUAACAAAAGAUAAUCAAACUCGCUCAGUUGGUCAGUAUGACAACCGUGGCAGUUUUGGAGAACUUGCUCUGAUGUACAACACCCCGAGAGCUGCUACCAUCGUUGCCACUUCAGAAGGCUCCCUUUGGGGACUGGACCGUGUGACUUUUAGAAGAAUCAUAGUGAAAAACAAUGCAAAAAAGAGAAGGAUGUUUGAAUCAUUUAUUGAAUCUGUGCCCCUCCUUAAAUCACUAGAGGUGUCAGAACGAAUGAAAAUUGUGGAUGUAAUAGGAGAGAAGGUCUAUAAGGACGGAGAGCGCAUAAUCACACAGGGUGAAAAGGCUGAUAGCUUCUAUAUUAUAGAGUCCGGCGAGGUGAGCAUCCUGAUCAGAAGCAAGACUAAAGCAAACAAGGAUGGUGGGAACCAGGAGGUUGAGAUUGCCCGUUGCCACAAGGGGCAGUACUUUGGAGAGCUUGCACUGGUCACCAACAAACCCAGAGCUGCUUCAGCUUAUGCAGUGGGAGACGUCAAAUGCUUAGUUAUGGACGUGCAAGCAUUUGAGAGGCUUCUGGGGCCGUGUAUGGACAUCAUGAAGAGAAACAUCUCACACUACGAGGAACAACUGGUGAAGAUGUUUGGCUCCAGCAUGGAUUUGAUCGAUCCCGGGCAGUAGGUGUGCCACACCACAGAGCCUUCUCAGUGUGACACCAAAACCUUCUGGUCAGCCACAGAACACACACAGAAGACAGACACAACAGAACUGUUCCUGCUGUUGCCACCGCCACUGCCAUUGCUAUGGCCGUGGGCAUUUAGAAAACUUGAAAGUCAGCACUAAAAGAUGGGCAGAGGUUCGACCCAUACCUCCUUCCACUUUGCUUCUGAAAGCCCAUUAUUAGACCACUUGUAAUGAUUAUUCCAACCCAGUUGUCACACCUUUGGUUCAAAACGGCAUGUCUCUCCAACAAUUUAAGUGCCUGAUACAAAGUCCAAAGUGUAAUCAUCUUCCUUUCCUCUCUGGCUGCUACUGUUGCUGUUGGAAGUCACCACAGGUCUGCACAAACCUGUGUAUAACUGUAGACACCCACCCCCGACCUUUCUCAAGGGAGGAAAUGUUGUAGCCCUCGAUCUUCUCCUUUGUCCUUUGAGAAAGUCCACACAUUUGUUCACAAUUGUAGACUUUGGUUUUACAGUAAAAAAUGGCAGCUGGUAGGACCGAGGUCUGUGGUCCUGUGGCAUUGUACUGUCUGCUGACAGCUAUACCUGUGACAGCUGUCUCCAAACUCACAGUGCUGUUUAGGAAAGGGCCCUGCCCAGGGCCCAGCAGGUCAGUGCACCAGAGCACACCGAUUGGUCAUGAGGACCUGUGUUAGAGCAGAAAAUUUGGGUUCAGCACAUUCUUCACGUAGCAGAGAGCCAGGGAAGGUUUUCUGGGUUGGGGUGUUUUGUUCUGUUUUAGUAGGUUUUGUUUUGUUUUAUUUAUCUCUGUGCAGUUUGCAUGAGUGAAUCACUAUGCAUUUCUAAGGAGCCAGGGUCUGGACGUGCCAUCACUUUAUCUGACCCAAAUACUUCCCUGGGCGACUCCUGCCAUCUUGUUCCCAGUUGUCCCUACCAGCUAAUGGCGGUGUGCCAGCAAGAGGUUGUACUACUAAAAAGAGAGCCCUUUCCUUCUACUCCGGUGUUAUCACAUAGCUUUGCUGUUGAACUAUCAAUUUUAAACUCUUUAAAGAAGAAGCAGCUAUUUUUUUUGUUGAAAUAAAAAAAAAUUAUUUCUGUGUUUAGGGAAUUCUUAUUAGACCUAUUCGCGUGUAUCAGUUUGUCAGCUGACUCAGGCAUUCAUCCUGAAGAUCAACGCUUUGUUUUUAAAAAUCAGAAUUACUCACAAUUUCAUAGAAUUACUGUAAAAACCUUUCUAAUUAAGGUGUUGGGAUAUUUGGGGUUCCAAUUAUUAACCCCAGAGGAAAGUAAUUUAGCUUAUUUUAAAACUUUUUUAGCCUUUUAAUUCUAUCAGGUAGAAUGCUGAUGAAUUAUCCUAAUUAAAUAUAUUUCAGAAUGGAUUUUUUUUUUCCUUCACAAUGACUUAGAAUCAAGAAACUACAAGAGAUCCUAAGAGUAGUGUGAAGGCUGCAUAGAGAUAAUUUGAAUGUUGUAGCCAAGUUUAUAUUAAAUCAAGAGGCCCUUCCCAAUAUGAUUUAUUUUUUAAAUUUGUGUCACUCAAUAGAUCCCUAAGAGAUCACAUGCUGGGGCUUGAGUUAUUCCUGUUAUAGAUAGUGAUGGAGCCCACAUGUCACUUCCAUUGUCCACAUAAGCCAGGCUCUCUGCUUUUGCCAUGGACAGUGUGGUGGAGAGAUUUCCGGAAGGGUGACCUACCACAACUUUGGUCAAUUCUCCCUUUUUCUUGCAUUCUGUGAUGUGAAAGCAUAAGGACUCUUUUCACACUGCCCUAGGUAGCCUGCAUCGCAGGUCUCAGAAUCGUGAGAGGUUGUAACUAAUACCCCAAAACAGGCAGCUAGCACUGGGAAAGCCCGUGUGGUUUUUCCCACGAUUUUCCAAGGUUGUUCUUCUCCAGGGUGUUGCUUUAUUAUCAAGUAAGUUAGGAAAGCAGAUCUUGCACUUUAGCAGACAGGAAUCACCCCUGUUUAUUGCAAAAGUGGCAGGUACAUUGAGCUUUAGGAGCGUCACAGAGGUCUGGCCCCAACUAUGUGAGGACACUGUUUAACUACUGAGCAGAUGCCCUCUUUGUACCCCCCAUGCCAGCUUUAGUUAGGGCUGGCUGUGAGCUUAGUGCCAGAGUCACUCCUGCAGGCUGCUAGGCAUGGGCCUUUUCAGCCUGCCUCCUUGCACAUCCCAGUUCAGUCUUCCUCUUCACAGAAGCCUCUUUGAUACCCCCAACUCACUGAUGGUUGCUGUUUUACAGAGUAAAAUCCAUCAGUCUUAAGUCCUCCUGCUCUAACUACAGAUUGAUAUAUAGAUCAUGAGUCCAAACCCUCACUGCAUACAGGGCCCUUUGGGGGUUUGGCUUGAGGAAGACCUUAAAAGGACCAGGGUGAGUGAAAUAGGAUACAACCAUUACCAAGGUGCCAGGAGUCUGACAGUGUCCCAGUUCUCUUUGCAGCAUGGAGAUUCAAAGGUGGCAGACCAAGCUCAGCUGAGGGCUCCAGUGUCCACAUUAUGUCAGGCAAGCCCUGAACUGUUGGGUGAGCCUCAAGGGGAGGAGCAUAUUAGGAAGAGAUCCCUGUGUUAAUUGUUUUAUAUUGUUCUCUUCCAUGGGUUAGAGCUUCAUGCCCUCUUUCCUGGAUUUUAGCUAUUGUUUGGGAUGGUAAAGAAUAUUCCUGAGAGCCUUGAGGUCCAACCUACAGUAUUAUCCUUCCUUCUGGCCUCAGUUUAUCAUACCCACUCUCUUCUUUUGGCUGUAUUCCCUGAAGAAAGGGUUGACGUGGGCUAUCCUCUUAGUUGAUAGUCUUUAUAUAUAAGUGCUAGAGAUUCUCAAGUGAGAGUGCAGUUUUUCUUUGAGCAGUUUAAUGAGUGAAUUCAGCAGCAAAGUGACAAGAAAUGGCUCUGUAGCCAGGAGGGGUCAUGUUCAUCCUCUUAUUGCCCAGAUUCUCUGCUCACAAUGGUAGUCAGUGAGAAGUGCCACUGGUGCCCAGCAGCACCCUGGGCACACAAAAUUUCCAUGUCAUGUCGCAGUGUAGAAACAAUCUUAUCUCAUUUCAAAAAAGUGAAAGCAUUUUUGCACAGAGAAGAAGGGAAAAGACCCAUGAACGUCAUCUUUUAAUUUUUGUUUUCAGUGGGCUAAUGUUGAAAUUUUUGUUCUUGACACGUUCUUGUAAACCAUUCUUGACAAGAUACAAGUUGUUUGGUUUUUCACUACAAUUACCUCUUGUUCCUCCUGUCUUGACUGCUGACGUUCCUCAAUGAUUCUAAUGUCUAUUUUAUGGGAAGCAGCCUUCCCCUGUGGGUUUCCUUUUACACACUGCAGGGCUAUCUUUAUACGUAAAAAAAAAAAAAAAAGAAAAAGAAAAAGAAAAAAAGAAAACUGUCACUAACCUCAUGGGGGAUUUGCAGAAAACCAUUUAGCCCACCUUGAGCAAAAGGUAGAUUCCUCAUUGUUUUCUUAAGCUCAUUGUAAUAAAAGAAAUCUAAUUCAGCAUUAUUGUGCUACCUCAAAGGUAAAAUGUUUUAAGGUCUUUUUUUUGGUCCUGAGUUCUACACAUAGUGUUUGACAUGUCUGUCAAUUGGAAUUGUUUUUAAAUCAUUGGGGACAAUCUUAUUUUAACUGUUUUACACUUACAUUUUAAUCUCAGAAGAAUGAGUGAUUAGAAAGUGAUCAAUUCUUGCUCUGUAGUAUUGAACAUAUAAUUAAAUCAUUGUUUGCCAUAAACAAGGUUGGGUUUUUUUAAAAGGAAACUCUAGGGCUCGGCUUUGCUCUUGGUUAAUAAAGGCUGACAAAUCAUGUCUGACUUUCUGGUGCA